AAGUCUGGAUUGCCCUCUCGAAGCGGCUUGGCUGGCUCACCAAGUGUCUACGCAGCACCAUCCGUUCAGCCACAACUUGUCAACAAACGCAACCCCAAACCUGAUAGCUCUAAAGAAAAUCGAGGCAGCGCCCGCGUCAGUUUUAAUGUUUCUCCAUUGCAAAAGGGUAGAUUAUGUCACUCACGCAAAUCAGUUGAUCCACACAGACGCCCAGAAGUUCAGCUACCGCGCCACACAAGGCCAACUAAUGUUCAAGGCGCCUCAGGUGCCCAGGGCCAGUUGGUGGUCAGGAGCCAUGAAGGCACAAGACGCCUUUUACAUCAAACUGGUAGUGGACGAGAGACUGGCCGCGCCUGUGUUCAACAGGAAUCCGUUAAAAGUCAAGAGGAUAAAACACAAGAGUCCAUCUGUCACCUAAAGCAAAAGAUUUUGUACUUGCAAAACCGUCUAACCUUGCUGCAGGAAAGCCGGCGGAAGACUAAAACUCAACUGGAAAUAUGCACAUUGUAA